GCGUUCGUGGAGGUGGUGCUGUUCGAGUCAAGUCCGAGCGGCGACUACACCACCUACACCACCGGCCUCACGGGCCGCUUCUCGCGGGCUGGGGCCACGCUCAGUGCCGAGGGCGAGAUCGUGCAGAUGCACCCACUGGGCCUGUGUAAUAACAAUGACGAAGAGGACUUGUAUGAAUACGGCUGGGUAGGAGUGGUGAAGCUGGAACAGCCGGAGUUGGACCGGAAACCAUGCCUUACUGUCCUGGGCAAGGCCAAGCGAGCAGUGCAGCGAGGAGCUACUGCAGUCAUCUUUGAUGUGUCCGAAAACCCAGAAGCUAUCGACCAGCUAAACCAGGCCUCGGAAGACCCGCUCAAGAGGCCGGUGGUGUAUGUGAAGGGCGCAGACGCCAUCAAGCUGAUGAACAUCGUCAACAAGCAGAAAGUGGCUCGAGCACGGAUCCAACACCGCCCCCUGCGACAACCCACUGAAUACUUUGACAUGGGGAUUUUCCUGGCGUUCUUCGUCGUGGUCUCCUUGGUCUGCCUCAUCCUCCUUGUCAAAAUCAAGCUGAAGCAGCGACGCAGUCAGAAUUCCAUGAACAGGCUGGCUGUGCAGGCUCUGGAGAAGAUGGAAACCAGAAAGUUCAACUCUAAGAGCAAGGGGCACCGGGAGGGGAGCUGUGGGGCCCUGGACACACUCAGCAGCAGCUCCACGUCCGACUGUGCCAUCUGCCUGGAGAAGUACAUCGAUGGAGAGGAGCUCCGGGUCAUCCCCUGUACUCACCGGUUUCACAGAAAGUGCGUGGACCCGUGGCUGCUGCAGCACCACACCUGCCCCCACUGCCGGCACAACAUCAUAGAACAAAAGGGAAACCCGAGUGCCGUGUGUGUGGAGACAAGCAACCUCUCACGCGCUCGGCAGCAGAGGGUGACCUUGCCGGUGCAUUACCCUGGCCGCGUGCACAGGACCAAUGCCAUCCCGGCCUACCCUACGAGGACAAGCAUGGACUCCCACGGAAACCCCGUCACGCUGCUGACCGUGGACCGGCACGGGGAGCAGAGCCUCUAUUCUCCUCAGACCCCCGCCUACAUCCGCGGCUACCCACCUCUGCACCUGGACCACACGCUGGCCACCCACCGCUGUGGCCUGGAACACCGGGCCUACUCGCCAGCCCACCCCUUCCGCAGGCCCAAGUUUAGCGGCCGCAGCUUCUCCAAGGCAGCUUGCUUCUCCCAGUACGAGACCAUGUACCAACACUACUACUUCCAGGGCCUCAGCUACCCAGAGCAGGAGGGGCAGCCCCUGCCCAGCCUCGCCGCCAGGGGCCCGUCCCGUGCCUUCCCGCCAAGCGGCAGCGGCAGCCUGCUCUUUCCCACCGUGGUGCACGUGGCCCCAGCCUCCCACCUGGAGAGCGGCAGCACGUCCAGCUUCAGCUGCUACCACGGCCACCGCUCCGUGUGCAGUGGCUACCUGGCCGACUGCCCGGGCAGCGACAGCAGCAGCAGCAGCAGCUCCGGCCAGUGCCACUGCUCCUCCAGCGACUCUGUGGUCGACUGCACUGAGGUCAGCAACCAGGGCGUGUACGGGAGCUGCUCCACCUUCCGCAGCUCCCUCAGCAGCGACUACGACCCCUUCAUCUACCGCAGCCGGAGCCCCUGUCAUGCCAGCGAGGUGGGGGGCUCAGGCAGCUUGGGCCGGGGGCCUGCCGUGCGCUUCGAGGGCUCCCCGCCACCUGAGGAGCUCCCAGCGCCACCAGGUCACGGCGCUGGGUGGGGAGAGCCUUGGCUAGGCCCUGCUUCUCCCUCGGGGGACCAGCUGUCCACCUGCAGUCUGGAGAUGAACUACAGCAGCAGCUCCUCCCUGGAGCACAGGGGGCCCAACAGCUCUACCUCAGACGUGGGGCUCGAGGCUUCUCCUGGGGCCGCCCCAGACCUCAGGAGGACCUGGAAGGGGGGCUACGAGGCGCCAUCCUGUGCCUGCUGCUGUGAGCCCCAGCCCUCCAAACUGGGGCCCGGUGCAGGAGCGGCUGGCAGUAGCACCUUGUUCCUGGGCUCCCCGCUCUACGAGGGCCGCGGCCCUGGGGGUGGGGAGCCGCAGCCGGGAAGCUCCCGGGGCCUGCAUGGCUUUCACCCAGACCAUUUGCCCAGGACAGAUGGGGUAAAAUACGAGGGCCUGCCCUGCUGCUUCUAUGAAGAGAAGCAGGUGGCCCGUGGCAGCGGAGGGGGCAGCGGCUGCUACACUGAGGACUACUCGGUGAGUGUGCAGUACACGCUCACUGAGGAGCCCCCGCCCAGCUGCUACCCAGGGGCCCGGGACCUGAGCCAGCGCAUCCCCAUCAUUCCGGAGGAUGUGGACUGUGACCCGGGCCUGCCCUCGGACUGCCAAGGGACCCACAGCCUCUGCCCCUGGGGUGGGACGUCGGGCCCAGAUGCCCUGCGGCCCCACAGGGGCCUGGGAGCAGCCCAGGAAGAGGAGCAGGUUCUGUGCUGCCAGGCUGGGGUGCCACCACGGCCUAUGUGCCCUCCAGAGGAGGUGGGUGCCACCAGGGCCAGCUUCCCCAGUGCCCCCCAGGACACUCAGGAGUCUAUCGCCACGGCUGCUGAGGCUGCAGGAUCUCGCCCAGCAGACAGCAGCAGCACGGGAGCCUGAGCUCGGAAGGAACUCUUAUCUGGAAAUCGGAAACUGUGUGGAGACUCCAAACUCUGGCUUCCUUCAAAAAAAAAAAAAAAACAAAAUUUUUUUAGCUUUGACAAACACACAAAAGUGGUAAUAAAGAGAGCCCUCCUUCUCAACCCAAAAUGUGAGCCACCUGUGGCAAAAACCACCCCCUUCCCCAUUAACAAACCAACAGACAAAAUUCUGAGUCCUUUGCCUCUUUUGAUAACAUGUUAUUCUGUUUUGUAAAGUGUGUGUGCUUGGGGUUCCAAGGUGUGUGGAAUUGAGUUCUCUGCUUUGUUUUUUUUAAAGAUAUUAUAUGUAAAUGUAAAAAGU